UUGGUCAGCGUGACAACUUCCAACUAAAAUAAUCCUCUCAUCUAUUCCACAAAGUGCCUUGACUGAAGCUGCUGAGAACACCAGUGUGGGCUGUACCUCAAGCAUCUGGGGCUUGUAUUGGUUGCCACUGGCCACUCUGUUGUCACUUAGUGAGACGGCCUCUUCAUUUCACUGCCACUCGCUCCCGGCUAUGGCGUUGGAACACGAGGUGGGGAAAGAGACGAUGGAUGUCUUCAACACCAGGAGCUUGGCCAUGCAGGCACAGAAGAAGUUGCUGGGCAAGAUGGCCAACAAAGGCAUGGCCAACAUCUUCAUCGAUGACACGAGUAGCGAUGUCCUGGACGAACUGUACCAGGUGACCAAGGAGUACACCAAAAACAAGAAGGAAGCACAGAAGGUGGUCAAAAACCUGAUCAAGGUGGUGAUCAAACUGGGGGUUCUGUAUCGCAACAACCAGUUCAACGCUGAGGAGCUGGCACUGGUGGACAGGUUCCGUAAGAAGGUCCACCAGCUGGCCAUGACGGCCGUCAGUUUCCACCAGAUUGACUUCACUUUUGACCGGCGGAUUCUGGCCGGCAUCUUGAACGAGUGCAGGGAGUUGCUGCACCAGACCAUUAACCGGCACCUGACCGCCAAGUCCCACGGCCGGGUCAACCACAUCUUCAACCACUUUGCAGACUGCGAAUUUCUGGCCGCCCUCUAUGGACCCCUGGAGCCGUACCGUGCCCACGUACAGAAGCUGUGUGAUGGGCUGAACAAGAUGCUGGAGGAUGGGAAUAUCUGACCACUGCCUUGGCAGGGAUGACUGAGUGGGUUUACUGUGGGGGGGGGGGGGGGGG